AUGGAGGAGGUUGAGGGUGUUAAUGGUGGAGAGGGGCUGCCGAUUCCUCUCACACGUAAGGAGCGGAAGCGUCAAGAGAAGGUUGAGAAGCGCCUGGAGGAGCUUCGUAUUUUGAGUGAGUGCGCGAAUAAAGUGAAUAAGGAAGGUGACAGUCCUUUUUCUGUUACGUGGGAAGAUGACCAAAUCGCCGAAGGAACUCGUAACAUUGCUCUAAAGAAGGUGUCGGUUUCUGUGAAUGGCAAGAUUCUUUUUAAGGACACACUUGUGAAGCUUUCUGCUGGGUCGCGCUACGGACUUAUGGGCCCCAAUGGGAGAGGUAAAUCGACAAUCCUGCGUUUGUUGAGUACGCGAGAGUUACCAGUCCAGUCGAACCUUGAUCUUUUACUCGUGGAACAGGAACAGGAGUUUCACGCGUCGGAUUUGAGUGCAGUUCAGGCUGUUGUUGAGAGUCAUAAGAAGCAGCGAGAAUACUUGGUUGAGGCGGCUAAGUUGCGUGAUAAAGCGGAGCUUGAUGAUGUAGAAAUGACACGACUUCAAUUUCUAGAGGAUGAGUUGGAAAUGAUGGGAGCCACGCAGGCUGAGGCCCGUGCCCGCCGCAUUUUAUUUGGGUUGGGCUUCCCCACGGAGUGGCACGAGCGUCCCACGAAAAGCUUUAGUGGUGGUUGGCGCAAGCGUAUCGCGCUGGCGUCUGCGGUAUUUAUUGAGCCAGAUGUGCUUAUGCUAGAUGAGCCAACAAACCAUUUGGAUUUGAAUGCUGUCAUUUGGUUGGAGUCGUAUUUGUGUGAGCAGUACAGUGAAAAGGCGCGGCGUCCUAAGACGCUUAUCGUUGUUUCCCAUGAUGCCGGCUUUCUUGAUGAAGUCUGCACGCACAUGGUUCAUGUGGAGAAUCAUAUACUGAACUAUUAUCGUGGCGGUUUCAGUAGUUUUGACGAGCAGCUACGUCAGCGGCACCAGGAGAUGGAUAAGAAAUAUGCCGCUGUUUCCAAAACGAUAAAGGAAAAGAAACGCAAUGGAAUGUCGAAUGCACAGGUUGAAGAUUGGAUCAAGGAUCAGGUUCGUACGGGACGAUUAGACCCCACGUACCUUGAAAAGCGCCGUGACUAUGUCGUUAACUUCCCCUUUGCGGAACCCCCUGAGUUACCGGAUGCGUGUAUUUUUAAGUUGGAGGAGGUGUCAUUUAACUAUCCGGGUGGGGCGGUGCUCUUUGAAAACGUUAAUUGUGCUUUAUGGACGGACAGCCGCAUCACGUUGUGUGGUCCGAACGGUAUUGGCAAGAGUACAUUGUUGAACCUCAUGACAGGUGAACUGAUUCCAACUGGAGGCGUUGUCACUAUCAAUCGUAAGGUUCGCAUUGGCCGCUACAAUCAACACUUUGUGGACAAGCUGCCUUUGGAGAAGACACCGGUGGAAUAUAUUCGAUCGCUCGGCAUCAAUGAGGAGGACAAGGCACGCCGCCAACUGGGCAGCUUUGGUUUGGAGGGCAUUGUGCAUAAAAAUCAGAUUGCUACUCUCAGUGGUGGGCAAAAGGCCCGUGUUGCGUUUGCUGCCAUCAGCACGGAAAAGCCUCAUUUCCUUCUAUUUGAUGAGCCGACGAAUCAUUUAGACGUGGAGUCGAUCGAGGCUCUCUGUGCAGCUAUAAAGGCCUUUAAGGGGGGAGUUCUGGUCGUGACACACGACGCGCGUUUGAUUGAGGAAACGGAGAUGCAGAUUUGGGAGGUGGGGAACCGUACCGUGACCUCGUUCAAUGGCACGCUUCAUGACUACAAGAAGAAGGUGCGAAUGAUCUUUGAGCGGGAGGAGGCCGCGGCGAUGAAGGAGCGAAGGCAGAUUAUGGAGCAGAAGCAGGUGAGCAACCGGCUUCGGCGCCAGGGCGAUGGAAGAGAAAUGGAAGAGGUACGACGCGAAAUGGAGGAAAAGCAAAAACAAAAGCAGGCAGUGGAGGUGGAUGAAGCGUUUAACUUCUUUGAGAAACGAAGCAAGAAGAAGAAGAAGACGACCAAAGGCGUCUGA